GCCGUCCACUGCUCAGCGGGUGCAGAGGUGGAUGGCAGACGAGGGCAUACGGGACACGAGAGCGCCCACGGGUGGCCAGAGAGCAGAUGGACGACGCUGAGAGGGACAACAUUCAGGACGCCCUCGAUGAGGAGGGCCGCGAGGGUGGGGUCAGGGAGGGGGGGGUGGCAGACGAGACAGACGAGGCAGUCAGAGAGCUUGAUCUGCCAGGGGAGGAGGUGGCGAUGACGUCGAGAGGCGUUGGUCGAGCGGGUCCCGCUCCUAGGGCGCCGCGACCUGAGUUGGACCGCGCGAGGAGGGAGAAGAGGGCAGUGGGGCAGGCUGCCAUGGAGGUGCCAGACACGGGCAGGGAGAAGAGGGCUCGACAGACCACGAUUGACGAGAUGUACGCCAGGGAGAAGUUAGCCGAGUUCACAGACGUGUGGCUUCAGUGGAUCAAUGUGAAGAAGUUGCCAUUCAACGCCUUCCAUGGUCCGGAGAUCCAGAGGGUGCGGCAGGCAGCAGAGAGAGUGCCUCGCUCUAUCCAGUUCCGGUUUCCCUCCUACAGGGUUACAGCGGGCGCCGGUAUCGCUUCGCAGAGUGCGAAGGUGGCGACAAUGGUGAGGGAGGUGCGCGCCACUUUCGGGCGCAGCGGUGCCACUAUCCUUUCCGAUGGGAGGAAGUCGCGCAGCGGCAAGCCGCUCGUGAACUUCCUCGCCGGGGGCGACAAUGGCACCCUGCUGUACGCCACCGUCGCACGUGACGGGGAGUUUUGGCAGCGUGUCCAGUACGCCAUCCUAGUCAUGUCGCCCGUCCACCAGCUGCUGCGCAGGAUGGAUAGAGGUAGGAUGAUGAUGUCCGUCGUUUACGAGUGGAGUCAGCAUCUGCUGCACUUGAUGAGGAGGGUGGAUGUGCUGGAGGACAUGAUCCAGCCGUGUCUGCGUGAGGUUGCCAUCCGCAACCUCCACAUGCUAGAGCCCGCACAUGCCGCGACCCACCUCCUCAACCCUUGUCGACGGUCCCUCACGUACUACCAUUCGCUGCAGACGACGACCGACGACCGUCGUGUGGUCGAGGAGUGCGACAGAUUUCUCCUGGCGCAGACCGGCGGCGAUCCGAUCGGCUUAUUGUACAGGAGCGUGAGGAACCAGAUGAGGGCGUUCCACUCGAGGCGAGGGGAUUGGGGAGAUCGUAACCUCUCUGAUGCCGAGGCGGCCGAUUGCAAGGGGGACAGCGAGACGGAGCGAUGUGCAACGUGGUGGUUUGAGCAUGGACCGGAGAGGAACUGGGCGGAGCACGAGCGCCUCAGCACGGCGAGGCGCUGCAAGCUUGGGUUCGCCAAGCUUGCACAACUGGUUGAGAUUGCCACCAAUCUCAAACUGGCCUCGUGCGCACGGCAGGGUGGUGGCUACGUGUUGCCAUGGGUUAUGGGGAGCGGUCACGGGGGGACGGCGGCAGAGGAGGAGGAUGAGGAGGGAGAUGUGGAGCCCGAGGUGUGGGGAGCGCGACCUGAUGGCAGUGUUCUCGAGCAAGAGAUCCAACGGCAGAUUGUCGCUUUCCGUGACAGCGGACCGUCCAGAGCCCGUUCGGUUCGGGACUUGUUCGGCAGCAGAGCGACGGAGCUGCGACCGUGGCCGGAGGGUGGGGAGGAUGUGGACGCUGCUGCGGUAGACGACGACAUCGACGACGACUGGACUGACGAUGAUGACACGCCGCUGAGUCGCGACCCGACGGCUGAGCGAGUGUACUUCACUUACGGCGGGGGUCGUGACGGCAUGGAUUCAUUCACAUCAGUUAUCAUUGGUGAUGUGUCGUCGACCACGCAGGCGAGUGGCAGCAGCAGAGCCGACGGUAGUGGUGGAGGACGUUCGCAUUCGAAGGCUGCGGAGGGUGGGUCCGGACGUCCGAGCCUGCGUAUGGCAGGCCGCGUGCUUGGUUUGUCACGAGCGGAGACGAGGAGAUCAUUGGUCCUCGAGGCCCCAGGGACAUCCACGGACAGGCUGCGGGAAGAGCAGUUCACAUCGGGCGAUGAGGGGUUGUUGAUGCGUCCCGGGACGAGACGACAGCAUGACCUCUCGGAGGUUGAGGCUCGACUCGCUGCAAGGGUCGCUGCUGGGCAGGCAGCAUUGGACGCGAUUCAGAGGGAGACAGAGAGGGGGAUUGUUGCACAGGUGGAGGAGGACGAGGACGCAGACACUGAGUUAGAGCCGAUCGAGACUGCGGCCCGCAGACACAGGGCACACGUGGCCGCGGCGACCACUGCAGCAGAUGCGGCAUACGUCAGCGGGGCACGGGGCACAGGUGCCGGAGGGAGAGGAGGGCGUCGGGGAGGACCGCAUGGCCGCCCGUCCUCCGGGAGAGGCCGCGCGCGCUCUGGUGGGAGAUGACGACGUCCGUGGUGUUUUGUUUUUUUUUUUCAUUAGUUUUUCUUUGUUUUUCGUGUGGCUGUACAGCCUGGACGC